AGACAGGAUGGCACCUCCGGGGGGUGACGGGGAGGUGCAGGAUGGGGACAGAGAUGGGGACAGGGAUGGGGACAGGGACCGGGCCCCCGCGGCGGGGCUGCGGCUCCUCACCUGGGAGGAGAUCGGGCAGCGGAACGGGCGGGGGCCGGCGCCGCAGGAGCGCUGGCUGGUGAUCGACAGGAAGGUGUACGACAUCAGCCAAUUCUACCGGAGACACCCGGGAGGGGCYCGGCUCCUCGUCAGCCACGCCGGCCAGGACGCCACGGAUGCCUUCGUGGCAUUCCAUCCUGACAAGGUGCUGGUGAACAAGUACUUGAAGCCACUGCAGAUUGGGGAGCUGGCACCGGACCAGCCCAGCAUUGAGCCCACUAAAAAUGAAAUGCUGGUGAAAGAUUUCCGGGAAUUGCGUGCUACCGUGGAGAGAAUGGGACUCCUGGAGCCAAACCAGCUCUUCUUCUUCCUGCUCCUCGCCCACAUCCUGCUCUUGGAUACUGCUGCCUGGCUCAUCCUCUUGUACUUUGGGACAUCCUUAGUGCCCUUCGUUUUGUCCCUGCUGGUGCUGACCAUCUCCCAGGUCCAGGCUUCCUGGCUACAACACGAUUUGGGACACCUUUCAGUAUUCAGGAARGCCAAAUGGAACCACUUGCUACACAAGUUUGUGAUGUGCCAUUUGAUUGGGGCCUCGGCCAACUGGUGGACUCUGCUGCACUCCCAGCACCACGCCAAACCCAACUGUUUCCACAAGGACCCCGACAUCGAUAUGCACCCUUUCCUCUUCACUUUGGGGAAGAAAUUCUCCGUGGAGCUUGGGAUCAAAAAGAAAAAAUACAUGCCCUAUAACCACCAACACAAAUACUUCUUUGUCACACUUCCUCCGCUCCUGUUUCCCACCUACUUCCACUACCACACAUUCUACAUUGCCUACACAAAGAAGUACUGGGUGGACCUGGCCUGGAUGCUGAGCUUCUAUAUCAGAUUCUGUUAUACUUAUGGAUCAUUAUUAGAAAUCAAGAGUCUCGUGGCKUAUUAUUUUAUAUUCAGGAUGCUGGAGAGCAGUUGGUUUGUCUGGGUCUCACAGAUGAACCAUAUCCCCAUGGAUAUCGACUACGACAAGAAUUUGGACUGGAUGUCUACUCAGCUCCAGGCAACCUGCAACGUGAAGCAGUCGCUGUUCAAUGACUGGUUCACUGGACACCUCAACUUCCAGAUCGAGCAUCACCUGUUCCCRACRAUGCCACGGCACAACUACUGGAAGGUGGCCCCUCUGGUGARGUCCCUGUGUGCCAAGCACGGCAUCGAGUACCAGUGCAAGCCRCUGCUCACRGCCUUCGCCGACAUCGUGCACUCCCUGAAGGACUCGGGAGAGCUCUGGCUCGACGCCUACCUGCACAAAUAAAGGACAGGGCUUGGUGCUGCCAUCCACAGCCUGCCACGAGCGCGUUCCCAGCCAGCCGAGGGGCAGGGACCACAAGGGACUCUCUGGCAGAAGAAAACGAGUAGGAACCAAGGGACACUAUGCCAAUAGGGAUGAAGCUACCUGAAUUUUUCUUCUGGUUUUUCCUGGGGUUUUGGUUCAGAUACGUUAAGAGUGGGCAGGGCAAGCAGAAGGUGAAUUGUUAGAAGAGGGAGGAGCUCUUUGCUGAGUCUGAGCAUUUCUAAGCCCAGGCAUGGGCUCAGGUCAGAUUGWGGACUGGUGCAGCAGCACACACUUWACUUCAUGUCACAGUCCUCUGGCCAUKGCUUUUUUUUUUUUUUKGUUCUCCUCAUGUGGAGGGUUUAAUGCARGAUACAGCAUUUGCUUACUUGAAUUUGAAACUGCGAAGUAUUUUGGAUUAACACUGUGUUUCAGCAAUGAGCUUAAAUCACAAUAAAUUAGGAUAAACUACAAACCACACCUAGACUGUAGCAACUGCAACAUGCAGUGAAUAAAAAUAUAAAUGUGUUUUCAUUA